AUGGGCCACAGGCCCAGGACUGGUGCCAAACGUCACCGUGGCUGCGGAAGAUCAAUUGUCCAGCCCGGAGUUAGCUCUUGCCUAACAGGAGAAGCACUUUGUACAACCCUCUGUACAGAAACAACUUGCUUUAUCACUAAUAAAGGUAUUUUUCCCGAGUGUCCCUCGGUGCUGGCAGCAGCCGCGCGCUCUCUUCGCUCCGCCGCCUUCGGGCCGGCGGGACGGGGGCCGGCCCCGGGGGGCUCCCUGCCGCGGGCUGGUGGCGGCUCUCCGCAGAGCGCGCUGCUCGCGGGGCCUUUGCUGUUCGCCAGCAGCCGGCUGGCCUGGGAGCGUUGUUAUCCUUCCCGUUAUUCUCUUGCCCUGCAGUUCCUUUGUCAUUCCUGGCAAGCAGAAGGCGUCCUUCGUCACGGACUUCAGCCAGCGCGUUUCUGUGCGGUGCUGUGGGCUGCUUCGCGGCCAGCGCUCUGUGGAAGCAUUUUAGUGAAAGCCCUGUGCGUAACAACCAAUCUUACUAUUAUUCUGAUUUUGUUAGGUAACGAAAAGCACAGUAUUCAGGUUGCUUCUCAUCAGGAUGAUGGUGAACCUACGUUGCAAGACAUGGCUCUGCUUAUCGAACAAGUCACUGGUGUUCCAGUUCCCUUUCAGAAACUGAUAUACAAAGGAAAGUCUCUGAAAGAAAUGGAACAACCACUGUCAGCGCUUGGUGUUAAAAAUGGUUGCAAAGUCAUGUUGAUUGGGAAAAGGAAUAGUCCAGAAGAAGAGGCUGAAUUAAAGAAGUUAAAAGAUUUGGAGAAGUCAGUAGACCAAAUAGCUAAUAAAUUAGAGGAAGUUAAUAAAGAGUUCACAAGUAUCCAGAAGGGUUUUUUGCCAAAAGAUCUCCAAGCAGAAGCUCUGAAAAAGCUGGACAAGAGGAUAAAAGGAAUUGCAGAGCAGUUCAUGAAGAUCCUGGAACAGAUAGAUGCUAUUAAUCUGCCAGAGAAUUUCAGUGAUUGCAAACUGAAAAAGAAGGGAUUGGUGAAAAGGGUUCAGGCUUUUCUUGCCCAGUGUGAUACAGUUGAAGGAAAUAUUGGCCAAGAAAUGGAUAAGUUGCAAUCAAAGAAUUUGGCGCUGGCAGAAUGAGGCAUUGCUCUACUUAAUUAGGAAACAUAAUUGCUCUAUGAGCAAGAAGAGAAGUUUGCUCUUUGUUUUGGAGCACUUAUUCAGCUUUUUUUUUUUUUUUUUUUUUAAGCCCAGUCUGUUAGACUGGUACUAGUUAAUCAAUACUUGCUGGUUGUUAUGUUUGCCACUUGAUUAGACCUGUUAUUCUGAAAAGAAAACAAUCCUUCGUAAAGAAUUGCAGAAAUAAUAUUUGUGGUGAAUUGUCAUGUAUUUUAUGGACGAGUGCAUAGUCAACUGAGUAACAAAGUUUGCAGUGAUGGGCAAUUUUGUCUGUUAUGUCUUGGAAUUUAUUUACAGCUCAAAUCAAAGAAGAUAAUGUGAUCAUAAAGAUGCCAUAAGUCACAAUUGUGGAACUUCAGCUUGAUUGAAAAACUGAAGCAACAUCUGGAGAAGUAUAACAUUCUAGUAACAGUUCAGAGCAAUAAAAAGACCACAUAUUUGUAUCUACUUAAUGUUUGUAUGCACUGAUAAAUAUAAGAAAGCUCGAUUAUAAGGGAGUUGUACCUAUUUUAGCCUUAAAUUGUCAUAAUAAAUGGAAUGUACUCUAAUAUGUAUGGUACUUAA